CGUCGCGAUCCUCCUGCCGACUACCAGCCCCCGGCCUUUCCAUCUCUCACCUGGCCACCGUGGGAAGGUCCUUUUAUCUAUUCUAUCUACCACUCAUGGCGCUUCACUCUGUUAUGGACGCUGAUUCUAUACGCCAUCUUCCAUCUUGGCGCUGCUAGCAUUGCGUUGUUUAUGCAAAUUGGGAAGGGACGAUCGACAUGGAAGUAUCUUUUGGCCGUCCCCGUUGUCUACGCAAUAACGGCUGGCGUUGAGGCUCUCUUUGCUGGGAGCAUUGUUGGAGUCAUCCUCGGUGCUGUCUACCACAAUGGGGAAUUCCUCAUGUCCACGUGGAUACCCUUCGUUUGGGCAUGGAUCAACGUCUUGGUUCUCGUCGUCUCGUCAUUCUCUAUUCAGGGAGGACUAUGA